AGUUUGUCCAAGUGGAUUUGCCGUACAAUUUCCUCUGCAACACUACUUCCGUGUACGUUUUGGUUAGCGCUUCGCAGAAUAAUUCUUCUCAAAUUAAUACUGCGGGUGCUGGAGCCUCGACACAGUACGUCCAAACGCCAAUUAACUGGACUAAAACAUCAUUCAUGUAAUCUUCGUGUCCGGAUAAACUUGUGUCGUGCGCGUUUAAGCUUCUCGAGGUAGCUUAGCUUAGCUUAGCUUGCAGAUACGAACGAGGAGACGCGUUUGUUGUUCGACACAUCGCUGGAAGCAGCGAUCAAGUGUUGCGGUUGGUGAAGUGUGGCAAUGUGUGCAAUCAGUGUGAAGGAGGAGUACGAAGAGGAGCUUUGUCGAUUAAAAGAGGAGAACGGGGGCCAACGUCUGCUGUUGGACGCUGUUUUGAAGACACCUCGACUUGUGUCGCACAGAGCAGGCGUCAAUAAAAAUAUUUUUCAUGAGCAGCAGGACCCCGAGUGCCCUUGCAUUAAAGUGGAAGUGGAUGAGGAACCCCCCCACAUUAAAAAGGAAGAGGCGCCUGGAGGAUCACGAACAGAAUGCCUCUUAGCUCCGCAAUCAGAACGUGAUGUCAUAACAGCACACUCUUUUGACACUGAAACUGAUGAUGAACACUCUAAAGGUUUCGUAAAUCAGUCUGAUUACACUGGAACCACAACCAACGUUGGCACUGGAUGUGGAAAUAAAGACAGAACAGACACCGAACAUAUAAUAGAAAUCUCAGAGAGUACUGGUAGUGACCUGAUGGAUUCAUCCACUAAAGAAUCAUCAUCUGUUUGUGAAAUUAGCACUGAGCAGCCAGCUUGUCUUGCCCGUGAAAUAUUAGAUGAACAACAUGAGGCAGAAGCAGAUUCAUUCUCUUACACUGAAGAGGAUUUUGUGUGUGAAAUGAACACAGAGCAGCAGAGUUCUCUGUCCCUGGAAAUGUUGGAUGCAGAAAAACAUCAGGCAGAAGAUUCAUUUUCUUAUACAGAAGAGGCUUUCAUGUGUCAAAUGCACAAGCCACGGUCUGCAGAGAGCUUCCACAGCAGAGAGCUUCCACAGCAUCAGAGGGAUCUCAUUGUUGAAAGGUAUCAGUCGGGAGAAGGGUACAAAAGAAUUUCCAAGGGAUUAAAUAUACCAUGGAACACAGUGAAGAGCGUCAUCGUCAAGUGGAGAAAAAAUGGCACAACAGUCCCAUUACCAAGAACUGGACGUCCAUCCAAAAUUGAUGAAAAGACAAGAAGAGAACUGGUCAGGGAGGCUGUUAAGAGGCCGACAGCAACAUUGAAGGAGCUGCAGGAAUUUCUGGCAAGUACUGGCUGUUCAGUACACGUGACAACAAUCUCCCGUCUUCUUCAUAUGUCGGGACUAUGGGGUAGAGUGGCAAGAUAAGGUGAGAAGCCUUAUGUGAUCAAGUAUACAACUGAAGUCGCAAGUUUUCGUGUCAAUGUCUGCUUUAGGGUCCGUGCAGGUGUGUUUCUUGUUUUUGUUGAUUAGGGUUGACUGGUGGACAGAUAGCGGCUCAUCUAAUUGGUGUGUUUGGAGGAACAUCCUUUUAAGAGAAGACAGCAGGAGAAAAGGAAUCCCUAUCUCGCUUCUUCCAACUGCCACGCUACGACAAUUAAUAAUAAACAAUUAACAAAUAAACCAUGUGCUCGCACUAUCAAGUAGGGGUUAACUACCACCUUGUUUGCUCAUUUUCUCCUGUUUCUGUUUGUAAGGAAGGUAAGCAAAUUGUAUUUUAGUUUCUUGUCAGAUUAUAUUUGAUUACUUUUCAAAUGAGAAAUAUUUGUUUUGGUCUUGCUUCAUUCUGAAGUCUUUUUGUUGAAUACUAUAUCCAUGGUAAAAUGAUGAAUAUUGUGAAUGAAUAUUUUUUGUUACACCAAGUCAAGUGUCUCAGUGGCUGCUUGGGACUUGAGGGGAGUAGGGAUCCUUUUUCAUGUUUUAUCCUGGACACCCCUAGACGGGGCUUAACAAAAGAAAAAUAUCCAAGCCUGGCUACAUUUUGCAAAAACACAGUUAUUGGUAUUUUGAACUGUUUAUAAUACAAAUCUCCCAGAUGUGGAAAAAUGUGUUGGUCCAACCAACCAAGCAAGGUAGAAAUAUUUGGCCAGAAUUCUAAAACGUAUGUUUGGAGCAGCUGGCACGUGUUGCAGCCAUAAAAUUCUAAGUUAAUGAUUAUUUGCUAAAAACAAUAAAGUUUAUCAGUUUGGACAUUAAAUAUCUUGUCUUUGUAGUGUAUUCAAUUAAAUAUAGGUUGAACAUGAUUUGCAAAUCAUUGUAUUCUGUUUUUAUUUAUGUUUAACACAACGUCCCAACUUCAUUGGAAUUGGGGUUGUAUUAUUUUGGUGGCAUCUUGUGGAAUCUUGGUAGUGUUGUUAUGUUGACUUAAUGGUGUUUGAAUUUUUGUCUGCAUUUGAGAUGUCCUGUUUUGUAGGCAAUCCUUAAUUUUUCUCCAUGCAAUAAGUGAAAUGAAAACUAUAUUUUUGCUUCUCUUCUGAUACAGCUACUAGUACCUAAUGCAGUUUAAUUUUCCGUUACAAUUUGCCUGUUUUUGCUAAUGUUAAUUAUUUUGUGUAAAUGCCAAAAGGUGAGUUUCAUGACUUACACAGUUUGUAUAAAUAUUGCUUUCCUAUA